AUGAAUGCUUCCCGCCUUGAGAUGAUAUACCAAGCCAAUGUUGUGCUUUACAUCGACCGAGAAACUACACUUAGGAUUUUUCGCCUUGUCAACAAACGGGCACAUGAAGCGAUUCGUUGUUUAAAAGUGAAUCCACGUUCGAUCUAUUUGGGAUACAACUUCCUUUUCAAUUUCUUUCCACACCUCAACACACUCACUGGUAACUUGAACACAAUGGUACACUCUUUGACACAAAAGCAGAUGGAUCAAAUCACUUGGUUUGACUGUUCCAAUGCAGAGAUAUUACCAGAGGCUUUUGACGGUACUAUUUUGAAUAAAAUCAUCACAAUUUCAAUACAAAAAGGGAGCUUUAGUUAUGUUCAAAAACACUGCCCAAAGGUUAGAAAAAUAGUAAUAACACUCGACGACGAUUUUUCAUUUGAAAAUUUAAGAUUCAGAUUUUUGCAGAAACUUGUGAUAAAAAAGUCUGUAAAUGACAAACUAAAAAUUAAACUUUCUGAUUUUAUAGUGACAAAUCCAGAUGCAUCUAUUGGGAUACUUAACAUAGAGAGUGACGAAGUUGACAUCGACACAAAUGUAAAUGACAAAUAUCACAGAAUAUGCAUUGAAAAUGUCACAAAAGACGUAGUAAAAAAAAUUGUAACAAGUAACACUCAAAAACGUGAAGAUGAACAGUUUCCAUACUUUAUUAAGCCAACACUAAAUGUGAAAAAUUUCAAUGAGAAAUUUCUUGAUUUUGACCAACUUAAAAAGUUGAAAUAUAUAUUACGAUUAUAG